AUGCAUAUAUCCUUCUUUAUCCGCCAAAAAUUUGUAUUUGACCUUUUGGGUCAUUUGAUCAUCUGGGUCUUGACCUUCUGGGGAGCUUGUAUCUUUGUAACUGAAUACGGAACUGUUGAUGCAAGUGGAGGUGGUGGAGUGGAUCAAGGCUCGACACAAGAGUGGUAUAACUUUUUGGAUAGUAAGAAAAUUUCUAACCUCAACUGGGCUAUCUCGAACAAGGCGGAAGGGGCUGCAGCACUCACACCUGGAACGACUUCUUCUCAAGUAGGCAAUGAUGACCGAUUGACUACCUCCGGUCGUAUAGUGAAGAAUUAUAUUAAAUCAAAGAAUACUGGUUUUUAA